ACCAGUAUGUCGACCGUGAGCCAGAGCCAGAGCCAAGACACCAGAGCAGAGGAGAAGAUACAAGCCAAACAAGCCCAGAGAGAUGUCGCCAGAGGGUGUCGCCAGAGAAAUGUCGCCCCAGAGUGUCGCCCCAGAGUGCCGCCAGCCACAGUGUCGCCAGAGAUGUCGCCUAGAGAAACCGUCGCCCAAGAAAACGCAAGACCAGAGAGCGCCGUCGCCAGAGAGUGCGCCCUGCAGGUACGCGGGUUGGCUAGACCCGUGCAUGGGAAGUUUGCACAACUGCAUGCAGCGUGAAUCUUGCACCAUAUGAACGCAUGUACCCGCUACGCAGACCUCGACAUAGGCCUCGAGGUCUUCCGGAAUGUGGAGGGAAGGAGCCACCCAAACCCUCCACGGGUCGCCUAGUCCUCUUCAGUCUUGAUGGGCCCGUCUUGAUGGUCUUGAGCUCCGGGAGCUUGAGGAGGAAGAAAGACAGCUGCAAAGGGUUAGGACGCCCUGCGCGACGCGGGUGGGCGAGGCCCGUGGGAGGGGACGCCUCCUACUGUCGCGCUGCGCACUCGCUCUCACCAGAGCGAGUUAGGGAGACGCGACGGUUGCCCAACCGCACAAGUAUGCAUGUUCUCGCGAGACACCACGCCACCGGAUUCACUUGAUGAGCCGGCACUCGUCCCACAUAACCAAAGACACACCAACGGUCUUGAGGCUCGACCUCGUCGUCGACUCUUGAGGUCUAGAGGUAUCUUGACGAACGUUGGUGGGGAAGUCCACUUAUGUCGCGGUGUCGGAAGACUUGUUUGACGUUGAUGUUGAGUCGGACACCUUACGGACAUGUAAAACUGCCUGGGAGGUAAGUGUUAGAUGAGGAUAUAUUAAAUGCAACAAGGGUGUGGCGCACCUUAGCCUCACUCACGCUAACUAUGCCAGUAGCGAUUGGUUGGCACUACGGCACAACGUCUCACGGCGGGCAAGUAGAGGGACAGCAGAGAAACAAGAGAAACAAGGCAGAGACGGCGGACCUGAGGGAUGCCCACAGACUCGAAGUGUGGCGUAGGAUGUGGCGUAAAAGUCGUCGAGGCUUACGGCCGAGGGUAGAAGACGUUGAUGAGUGGCUAGAAACAGUGAGAAGGUGUGAGGCGACGAGUGGCAAAUGUCACAGCAUGGGAGUAACAUACUAUACAUCGACAAGAGGGCAGCUCAGUCGCAGAGAGCAUAGUAAGGGAAGAAGGCAGAAGGGGGGUGGUGGUGGAAGGAGGGAAAGAAGGGUGAGGGGACGGGGACCAGAGGAGGGGCCUUUUAAACCUGGAGCACAAAGGGAUCAAUGGGUCAAUGGGCCGUUGUGCCACUCGGAUAAAAAGGAAGCACGAGGCUCAAGAACAAAGGGAAGAAAAAUUUCACCUUCCGACGGCCCAGUUUGGGCUUCGGUUGCUAUCUUCGCGAGUCAGAAUACCAUAAGUUGGACGGUUGGUAGAGCGUCAGUUAUGGACCUGGACUAGUUAAACAGAUUUGGCUGGGCACGAUGUUUCCACGAACGUAGUGAAAUGAUGAUCAGGUCACAUC